AUGCCUGUAGGCCUGCUGCUGCUGCUUGGGGCCACUGCAGCUGCCGCCUCCCAGACACGCGGCCUCCAGUUCGGGCCUGUGCCCGCCGGGAGGCUGGAGGGCCCGCUGCUCACCGCCACCUCCGCCGCAGCCAUGGCUGCUGCCUCCUACCCGGCCCUGCGCGCCCCUCUGCUGCAGUCGCUGGCAGUGGCCACGGGCCCGGUGCGGGGCUACAGCCAGGAGUCCAAAACUACCUACCUGGAAGACCUUCCACCACUCCCUGAGUAUGAAUUGGCCCCAUCCAAGAUAGGAGAGGAAGUGGAUGAUGUUUUUCUCAUUCGAGCUCAAGGAUUGCCCUGGUUGUGCACUGUGGAAGAUGUGCUUAACUUUUUCUCAGACUGCAGAAUCUGCAAUGGCGAGAAUGGAAUACACUUCCUCUUAAAUAGAGAUGGGAAAUGAAGGGGUGAUGCCUUAAUUGAAAUGGAGUCAGAGCAAGAUGUGCAGAAGGCCUUAGAGAAGGACUGCAUGUACAUGGGGCAGCAGUACAUGGAAGUAUAUGAGAUAAACAAUGAAGAUGUGGAUGCCUUAAUGAAGAGCCUACAGGUCAAAUCUUCACCUGUGGUAAAUGAUGGUGUGUUUCAUUUGCGAGGACUUCCUUAUAGUUGCAAUGAGAAAGACAUUGUAGACUUCUUUGCAGGUCUGAAUAUAGUGGACAUUACUUUUGUGAUGGACUACAGAGGGAGAAGAAAAACAGGAGAGGCCUAUGUGCAGUUUGAAGAACCCGAGAUGGCCAACCAAGCCCUGUUGAAACACAGGGAAGAAAUUGGUAACUGGUAUAUAGAGAUAUUUCCAAGCAGAAGGAAUGAAGUUCGAACACACAUUGGCUCUCAUAAGGGAAAGAAAAUGGCAUCUUCUCCUACUGCUAAAUAUAUAACUGAGCCCGAAGUGGUUUCUGAAGAACAUGAAGUAAAUGAGGAUAUUCACCCCAUAACAGCAUUUGAAAGUGAGAAGGAAAUAGAGUUGCCUAAGGAAAUGUCAGAAAAGCUUCUAGAGGCUGUGGAGCUGGGAACUACCCCGUCACUGCAUUUUGUCCACAUCAGAGGACUGCCUUUCCAAGCCAAUGCCCAAGACUUUUUUGCUCCACUGAAGCCUGUGAGGAUCACCAUGGAAUGUAGCUCCAGCGGGAAGGCCACCAGGGAGGCCGACGUGCACUUUGAGACCCACGAGGACGCCGUUGCCGCCAUGCUCAAGGACCGGUCCCAUGUCCAUCAUAGGUAUAUUGAACUGUUCCUAAAUUCAUGUCCAAAAGGAAAAUAAGACUUCCAGGGACUCCAUCUCAUAAGGAUGAAGCAAGAAGCAUUUCAUUUGCACAUCUUUCUUGGACAUGGGCUAUAACGUUCCAGUUUAUUAGCAGCAGCUGCUAGAGAAAAGAUUUUGGGGUUUUUGGAUUAAUUACUUCUAAGAAAAAAUUCAUAAUGGACUAUUUAGAAAAAGAAAGAAAAAAUUCAGUUUGGGAUUAUGAAACAAACCACACAUUAAAAUUGUUCAAACUAUUCAGGAUUUGAUUUUAAAAACUGGUCUUUAUAUGAUU